CUCUCACUCCCACUCACUUACCCACCACACACCCACCCACUCACUCUCACAAGUGAUCAGAGGCUUCAGCACAGCUGAGUGUCACUCACUCACUCACUCACUCACUCACUCACAACCAGUGUUACAUUAUGGCUGUCCAAAUGGUCGGUGGCAUGGGCACCGAGGCCAUGUCCGCUACGGAGGAGGUGCAGCAGAUCGCCGAUUCCCUGAAGAUAGAGAUUGAAACAAAGGCUGGAAAACAGUUUUCUGUGUUUGUGGUCAAAAGCUUCAAGACACAGAUUGUAGCUGGAGUGAACUAUUUCAUGAAGAUCCAUGUUGGCAAUGAUGAGUAUCUGCAUGCAAGAGUGUACAAAUCUUUACCUCCUGGUAAAAUAUCAUUACAUGACUUACUGAUGCAGAAGACGGCUGUGGAUGAAAUAUGCUACUUUUAAAGUUCUUUAUUGUGCUGAUGCCUUUAUAUAUCUGCUUCUGAUGAGAAGUGGUGUGUAGGUGGUACAGAUUAACUCUGGUCUGGUCUGAAUACCAAAAAAAUAUAUAUGCUUCUAAUGGGAGGGUGGAACACUGGUAUUCUAUCACUUUUUCUGAUACAAAACUAUUUUUUUAAAAAUGUUAAUUAGUUUCCUGACAUGAUUGUAGGAUGGUUCUAAUAGAAAAAUGUAUUCUUAUUUUUUUAAUUAACAUUUAUUUGAAUGAUCUCAGUAUAUUACUCGACUAUGCAAAACUAUUUUGCCUACAAAAUAUUUUCAAUUAAUUAACUUUGCAGCUUAUUCUGUGUGCGCAGUGCUUUGAGACGUCUGAACGAUGUGAUAUAUAUAUAAAAAUAUAUAUAUAUAUAAAUCCACAACUGUUUGUGGGACACUGCUGAGUGCAAUUCCACAUUUCGUCCACAAAAUAGUCAAUUCAAUUCCCAUUAUAUUCUAUGAAGUGUUUUGAAAAGUCUCAAUUAUGUGAUAAGGCUCUCUUAUCAAAUGCAACUAUUAUUAAGUAUAAUGCAAGUUACCUUUGAACUUCAAAAGCAACUUGGGAGAAGAAGUGCAAAUGAUUCUGUAAAGUUACAAAUUUGUCAUCAGGCAAUACAUUAGAAUUUUUUUAUUUAUCUAUUGUAACCUGUUGUAUCCCUUCAAAAAAUUUAUAAUAAUUUGGUCACUCAUCUUGUUUGUGGGACACUGCUGUGUGCAAUUGUCUGCCGUGUUUCGCCCAAUUGUCUGCCGUGUUUCGCCCACAUAAUAUAGUCAAUUCACUAAUUAUAUUCUGUGAAGCACUUUGAGAUGCCUCGAAGAUGUGACAAGGCGCUAUUUUAAAUGCAAGGAUUAUUAUUAAGUAAAUACUAUUUGUAUCAUCUAUCCUUGUUGAUGAGAAAACCACACAAUAAAAUAACUACAAUAAAAAAA